UCCAAAAGAUAUUUAUAGAAACAGAAGAAAGAUCUUAUAAUAAACAAGAUGUAUUUGAACUUCAAAUUACCAUUUGCAUUUGCACUUGUAUUUCUAGUGUACACAGGAGAAUCUCAACCUGCAGUUUUUGAUGUGACUAAAUUUGGUGCAAAGCCUGAUAGCAAUGAAGAUAUUAGCAAGGCUCUAUUAAGUGCAUUUAAGGAGGCAUGCAAUUCAAAAAUCCCAAGUAAAGUUGUGAUCCCAAAAGGCAUAUAUUUGAUGAAUCAAGUGAGGCUAGAAGGUAAUUGCAAAGCCCCUAUAGAACUUCAAAUUCAAGUCACUUUGAAAGCUCCUCCAAAUCCAAGCCAACUCAAGAAAGAUAUGGAAUGGUUAACUAUUAAUCAUAUUGAUCAUUUCACACUAUCUGGUGGUGGAAUUUUUGAUGGCCAAGGAGAACAAGGUUGGGCACAAAAUGACUGUAAAAAUUCAGAAAGUUGCGGUAAACUUCUGAAUAAUUUGAGCUUCAACUUUCUGACAAAUUCCAUAAUCAGAGACAUAACUUCAUUGGACAGCAAAUUAUUCCAUAUUAAUGUGUUAGGGUGCAAGAACUUAACCUUCAUUGGAGUUAACAUAAAACCUCCAGCACAAAGCCUAAACACAGAUGGUAUCCAUGUUGCAAGAUCAAGAGGUGUAAACAUCACAAAUUCACAAAUUGGCACAGGAGAUGAUUGCAUAUCAAUUGGUGAUGGAGUUCAACAAAUGUACAUAACAAAUGUGACAUGUGGACCUGGCCAUGGAAUUAGUGUUGGUAGCCUAGGAAAAACUCCAGGGGAAUUGCCUGUGGUUGGAGUUUUUGUGCAAAAUUGCACAUUUAUUGACACUGACAAUGGUGUAAGGGUGAAGACAUGGCCAGCUUCACAUAAUGGUGUUGUUAGAGAUUUGCACUAUGAGGAUAUUAUUGUGCAAAAUGUUAGCAAUCCUGUUGUCAUUGAUCAACUCUAUUGCCCUUAUAAUCAGUGCAAGAAAGAUUUGCCAUCACAAGUGAAGAUUAGCAAAGUGAGUUUCAAGAACAUACGAGGAACAUCAAGAACUCAAGAUGCUAUACAAAUUAACUGCAGUAAAGGUGUGCCAUGUGAAGGUGUAGAAGUUGGAGAUAUUGACAUAACCUAUAAGGGAAAUGAAGGGCCAGCCAAGUCUAGUUGCCAGAAUGUUGACCCAAGUUUUGUAGGCAAGCAGAAUCCACCAGUCUGCACUAGUUCUGCAGAGUCUUCUUGAAGUUCUUUAUGCGUAAAAAAGACCGUCCGAUGCACAAAAUAUGUGAACGCAAGGUUAUGGUAAGAGUCACACCCCAAAGGGAUAUAAUGUUGGCAGUCUACUCUGACGCAAGCAUCAGUUGAAGUUUUUUGUGUAUUUUUUUUUUUUUUUUUUUUUUUUUUUUUUUUUUUGUAAUUCAGUCUUUUUUUUUCUUCCAUUAUUGGGAUCCCGCUUAAUCCGGAUCGUCUAGAGUGAGACCCAUUAAAAGAAAAAACGCUCCCUACUAAUAAUUUUUUUUUUUUAUUCAUAGAACUCGAGCCCAAAACCUUUUAUUAAAGGUAAGAGUAAUUCAGUCUUCUUGAGCUUUGAUAUAAAGCUCCCAGAAAUUUGUCCCCAUAUCAUUUGGGAUUUUCCUUAGCUAGUAGUAUUGGAGUUGUCUGUUAGGUAAGAUGUAGACCGAGGAAAUUGUACAGUGUUGAGAAAUUACCAAGCUGUACACUUGAAUUAGAAAAAUAAAUCACCUUUAUAGUAUGAGAUUUUAUCA